AUGAUUGUGCGCCGCAGUACAUCCCUCCUCGCGGUCAUCCUCUUUAUCGCCAUCGCCUUCGUAAUAUUAUCCUCCUCCCCAAAGCCCGUGCCCGUGCCUGAUGCAGUCAGCGAAGAGAUAUCCACGGCCGCCAAAUAUGUCCCGAAAUUUCCUUCGUUGAGCGACCUGCACCUGCCGACGUUCCAUCCACCGGCGCAUAACCCCCCGGAGCCCCAAAGGGACAGCUCAAGCGGCGAUUCGAAAUGGUUCAGUCAUUGGGCAUGGCUCAACCCUUUCUCGUCCUCCAUCACGCUCGAUGAGGACCGGUCCGUCCUUCCUCCGCUUCCGAACCGGCCGUAUAUCUUCACAUAUUACAAUCCGAGAAAAGGCAGUGAUAGAGAAGAGGAGAAUGCUGAUGAGCAGCUUCUAUUUGCCUGGCGCCGUGCUUGGUAUGCGCAGGGAUUGCGCCCGGUUGUUCUUGGUCGGGCCGAGGCCACCGCCAAUCCGUUAUAUGAGUCGAUAAAGCACUUAGAUUUGAGCCCUGAACUGGGGGAAGAAUUGUUCAGAUGGCUGGCAUGGGGCCAUAUGGGUGAUGGCUUACUUGCCGAUUGGCUUUGUUUCCCAAUGGCCAGAUACGACGAUGCAACCCUCGCAUAUCUGCGCCGGAGCGCGGAUUCGGACCACAUCACUCGGUUUGACCGAACCCAUAGUUCUCUGCUUUCUGGGAAGAAAGAUGCGAUCAAUGCUGCCGUUGAAAAAUCAAUCAAGAAGAUUGACAAGUCAAUCAAAUCGUUGUGGGAGGUGGUACCGGACGAGCUAUUGAAGUCCCGCCAGACGAGCUCUCUGGCGUUAUAUGACUCGGCUACGAUCAGGGACCAUUACCACGAGCUUACGGAGAAGGCUAUUCCCUCUGCGUCGGCUCGUCGGCUCGCCCUAGUGGACCUUAUAAACUCACAUCUGCACAAUACAUUUGUAAACUCUUUCCCAGGUGGAAUAGCCGUGCUAAAGCCUUUUGCUGAGCACACAACCGCGUUGGUUGAACCAGCAUUAAGGCUAGCCAAGGCACUCGGGCAGUGCGCGGAAUCUGUCGCGCCCUCCUCAUGCCCUCCGAACGUGCGAGACUGCCACCCAUGCAACGCGCACAAGCCGAUGAAAAUCAGCCAGCCAGCCACGUACAAGAACAACACUCAGGUCUUCACAAUUGGAACCCUCCCGCAUCCAUUCACUCUCAUUAGCCUGCUUCAAAACUCCGCAGAGGUCACGACACGGCAUAUACGACGCGAGACACCUCGCGAUGCAUGGCUAAAGGAUGUAACAGGCGAUCAAAUAGGCCAUGGCCUCGGCGGUGGGCCACGAGCUGUUCUCUUCAAGAAGUUUGUCGCAGAUGAGCCAGCCAUCGGCACCUCACUAUGGAUGACUGUCGAGUCUCUCUCCGCGGAUGUUGGCCAAGCCCUCCCCAGCUCUCUCCUCGACGAAUUCGAGUGGCAGUUCGGGUUCCGAAUCCCGCGCGACAGCAAUGUCGACGCCAAGAACGAGGGUGAUGCCAAGGAGUCAAUGCAGCAUUCCAACCCAAGCAAGCAGGGUGUCCAGCAGGAGUAUACAAUCAUCCAGGAGGCGAGGGAUAUACUGAAGAAACAGACAAACAGCAACCGGGUGAACAUCCGGGGUGUGGCUGAGGCCUGGAAUAUGGCUGACACUGAGGUCUGGCGGUUCGUCAAGGCUUAUAGGGCUCGGAGUAUCGUUGAGCGCAAGAAGUGGGAGGAGGAUGAGAAGGGCUUUUUUGGGGCUCGUCCGAAGAUAUAA